AUGGCUUCCGCCGAACCAUUCCACACUACCUGGCCCGACAUAGAGGCUCCGGCCGCCGUCCAGAAAUGGCUUGAUGACUUCUACCACCUUGCCGACAAUCAAGACGCAGACGCCGGCGAGAGAUUUGCCCAGCUCUUCACACCCGACGCUACGAUGCAUGGCGCGGCUGGUCUUUUGGUCGGACGAGAAGCCAUCGCAGCCAGUCGUCCCAAGGCGUGGAUCGCACAGAAACAUCGUCGACACGAGCCGCUCCAGGUCUACACGGCCAAGGCAGACUACAGUGAGAUUCUGGUCUUGGGCCGACUCAAGUCGUGGUUCAAGAACGGCGAGAUCGUCGAGGCCGAGUUUGUCGCCGGCAUCACUUUUGCCAGCGACUCGGAUACGGGUACAGACACAUCGACGAAUCCUUUGUGUUCGCUCUAUCGCGUCUGGGGGCCUUCUCUUUUGUACCGAAAUGGGAAUGGGAAUGUGCAAAGGCAAAAGCUAAUCAAUCUCGUGCAGGACAGCGCACCGUGGGUGAAGGCGAUGAGCAAGAAGAACUAG